AUGGGACAACAGCCUCCGAGCAGCAGGUUGCCAAAGGUAAUUGAAGAGCAAGUCACUGAAACUGAAGACGAAAACAGGUACAUCCAUCCAGUGGUAGUUCAGAAAGAUUUUGUAGCUUUUGAAGAUGGACAGCCAGUAGUUUCGGAAGACAGGGGUAUGGCCUACAUACCUAAAGAAGGUUUUGAUUCCAGCACUUCAGAGGCUGUCCAGCCAGAGGGUGGCUCCACCACCAACAGCCAUUCUGCCAUCGUGCUCCCUGACAUGGAAGUGCAGGCAGAAACAAGGCAAGAGGAGAAAGAUGAUGCCUUUGAUGUCAGGACCAUUAAUGCAUUAAAGCAGUAUGCCAACAAGCAUUUGCAGGAGCAGGAAGUGCACAGCAACGAGAAGAGGAUACGAGCUGCCCAUAAAGCACACCGCUGUGGGUACGCAGGCUGUGGUCGCAUCUACACCACUGCCCAACAUCUGAAGGCACAUGAACGUUCUCAUACAGGUGACCGGCCAUAUGCAUGUCGCUUCCCAAGUUGUGGGAAGACAUUUGCAACAGCGUACGGGCAGAAGAUCCACAUGAAAAUGCAUACUAGUGAGAAACCAUUCAAGUGCCCAGAAGACUCAUGUAGCAAAGCCUUCAGAGCUGGUGAUCUACAGAAACACCUCCGGACACACACAGAGGUGCAUCCCUCCAAGUGCCCGUCUGAGUCCUGCGGCCGCUCUUUCACCACCUCCCACAUCCUCAGGGUUCACAUCUGAACGCACACAGGCGAGCGUCCCUACGCCUGUCCAGAGCCCAGGUGUGGAAGGAGCUUCACCAGCGUCACCAAUUACAAGAACCUAAGAAUUCACACAGGGGAGAAGCUCUAUGCCUGCCCUGUGCCGGGCUGUGGGAAGUGCUUCACAGAGUACUGCAGCCUCUACAAGCCCCAGGUGGUGCACACACGCAGCAGGCCCUACUCCUGCAAGGUCUGUGGGAAGGCCUACAGCCAGAGAUCUACGCUGGGCACACACAAGUGCAGCGGCCGCAGAGAGCUGGAGGCCACACAGGAGAGCGAAGAAGUCCAGCAGCAGCUGGAGGGUGAGCAACCACUUCCACGUCACUUACAGCGUGUUGCUUUCCCAUCAGAGAUGGAGAAAGACAAGGAUGAGGAGGAAUAUGAUGAUGGUAUGCCUACACAGGUCUCACUUAUCUCUCAGGAUGAGACAGAGCAGAUCAGCUUGUCACAGGAAGACCUGCAGGCCCUGGGCAGUGCAGUCAGCAUGGUGAUGCAAAGCAGUGCCCUCGCAGUGCCCGAGGAAGAGUUCGUGGGUAGUGACAUGCACACCAUGACUGUGAUCAACGCUGAUGGCACUGAGACACAGCCGGUUACCAUAGUCACCUCUGGGCCGGUCAUGUCUGAAGAGUCAGCCAUUACAUCCCUCUGCCAUCGGCAGGUGGCAUUGUUGGCAGCCACCAAUGGUGCUCACAUUGCAGUGCAGCUUGAAGAGCAGCAGAGCCUGGAGAACAGCAUCAGUACGACGGCAGCAGCAAUCCAGCAUGAACCUGUAACACUGGACACAGCCGUGGCUGAGAAUGGCUGCUGAGACCCUGCAGAGCCUCCCAGGCAGGAAGAGCAGGCAGCCAAGCCCGUUCCUCCAUGGGUGCAUCAGGAUCUGCAGGAUCUGGGCCAGCAGGCACAUGGAAGAUGAGCAGUAUAGGAGUGAGGGAAGGAGUCUGAGAGCAGCUGGCUUGUGAUGUGCAGCAAACAGGCGGUGAGAGCCAAUGCUGGCAGUGUUGGGCUGCCAGGAUGGCCAUGCCAGAAGGGCUCUUCCCUCCAUGAGCAGUGUCUAUGACAGCUGCUACCUUCUGCUGGAGGCUCUGCUGUUUUCCUUGGCUCAGAGCAGCAGCUCCUUGCUAUGGACUCUUGUCAUUGUUUUAUGAUUUAAAUUAUUGGUAUUUCACAUCAUAAUAUCAUGUAGUGUGCUGGGAGUUAAGGUUAAGGCUGCUGUUCCAUGGACUGCUGAUAUUUCCAGGUACCUGGUUCUCAGAAGAGAAGAACAUCUCCCAGAGAGCAUCUCAGAAGAAGAUCAUCUCCUGGAAGAUUUUCACUGUUCUGUUUCCAUUUUCCGUUUAGAGGGAAAUAUAAAACUGUUUGCAAGUUGAGACACCUCCCCUUUUACCGCUCAUCUGUGCAUUGUGUGCUCCCUGGCUGUCUCGCCUUCAGCAUUAGAGUAAGGCCUUUGGUUUGGGACAGACUUUCUAAUUUUAUUUUAUUUCUUACCCUCAAUUCCAAUUAUACUGUAUUAUAUUGUAGUA